AUGAAGAAUUUCAUUGAUCUGGUCCUAGGCCCGACUUCUGAAGGGACACCAAAGUUAGAUAUGUCAGCUGUGGUUCGACCAUCUGCAGCUCUAUUGCCUAAACUCGAGGAUGAUAGUGACUUGGCAGAGGAUUCUGCUUCAAUUACUAAGUUGCAUCGGGCUCUAUCAUCUAAACUCGAGGAUGAUAGUGACCUGGCAGAGGAUUCUGCUUCGAUUACCGAUUUGGUAAGGAGGCAAUCUGUUGAGAAGAAAAGGAAAGUCAUUGUCGAGCCGUUCGCUGAUGAUGUUGGAGGGGCUUUGGUCUGGCAGCCUUGGAUGCGGGCUCAUGACAGAGACAUUCAUUCAAAGGACUCUGUCGCUGAUGAUGUUGAUGUUGCGGGGGGAAGGACUUUGGUAAAUUCCAUGAAAGCUCUUGACGAUUUUGCUCGACUCCAGGCAGAGAUUGAGAAAUUAUUUGGUCAUAACGAAGAGUUUGGCCAAAAGUUAAAGAUAGCUGAGCAAUCAGAGAAGGUGGCUCUUGAUGUAGCUGACUUGGUGAAGGGGCUUAGUUCUUCCCUAUAA